UUGACAAAGUCGUCGAAGUAUUACAAUCAAAAUUAAAUUUUUUAAAUUCACCGAAGUCUUGCAAUCUAUAUUCAUUGUUUUGUGUAUUUUACAGUGAAAUAUUAGUUUUAGACAAGCACUUAUAUAUAUGGUUAUCUAUGAUUUUUCGAUUCUGUAAAUAAAAAAUCUUAUUAACACUUAUUGUCUACAAUUUUAUUAUCUUAAAAAAUUUAUAGAAUUUUGAUAUUAUUAAAGUUUUUUUUAUAAAUUGUUGAAAUAAUCAAGUCAGUAAUCCAAAUGUUUCCUGCGUUGAUGUCCGACAUGUUUGGUAAUGACGAUCCAUUCAGACAAUCUAUGAGACAAAUGGAUCAAAUGAUGAACUCUGUUUUUGGUGGAGGAAUGCCUGGUCCAAUGGGUGGAAUGAUGAUGCCAUUUGGUGGUGGUAUGUUUGAUCAUUUUGGAUCAAUGAUGCCUAUGAUGAAUAAUCAAAUGAAUAUGAUGAACAAUGGUCAUAGUCAAUCCUUUAGUAGUACAACAUUUAUGUCAUAUUCAUCAAACGGCCCUAAUGGACAACCACAGGUUUACAAAGAAUCCACGUCUACAAGAACAGGUCCAGGUGGUAUAAGAGAAACAAAAAAAUCAGUUAGUGAUUCAAGAUCUGGUGUUAAAAAAAUGGCAAUUGGACAUCAUAUUGGUGAUCGUGGACAUAUUAUUGAACGCCAACAAAAUGUAUAUUCUGGUGAAAGAGAGGAAAACCAAGAAUUGAUUAACUUAGAUGACAAUGAAGCGGAGGAGUUCAACAAUGAGUGGCGCAAGAAAGCACAAAACUUGAAUACACACCGUAAUCGUUAUUUACCUUAUACUUCCAAAAAUCAGAAUUCUUCACAUUCCCUUAAAAAGCACCACAAAGUAUUACCAUCUAUAGCCCCACGCAGUAGUGGAGAUGUGUUAGCUAUUGAAGGGCCUUCAGAACAUGUAAAGAAAAGAUCAUCUAAACAACGUUCUUCAAAAAAAUCUUAUAAACCAACAAAUGACCAAUGAAUUGUUCAACUUAUGUAAUGACACACAUUUUAUGUACGUUUUUAAAGAUAUUUCGCGAUUUUUCUUCAUUAUAGUAAUUUAUAAAUACUUGUAUUAUAAUAAUUAUUCAUCAUAUACAUAAAUUAUAAUUUUGUUAUAAUAAGCUUUGAAAGUAAGAUUAAUUUAAGUUUUGAUUGUAUUGAUUAUAUAAAGUAUAAGUUAGUUUUGUAGUUAAAAUCAGAUUAUUUUUAGAUUUAAUAUUUAUUAUAAUAAAAAGAAGAUUUGAGUGCUUAGGAAAUAUUAAAAGUCCAAGAUAUUUCACGGAUAUGUAAUAUUUAGUUCAGUUAAUUUCAUAGUUAAUAACUUAUACAAUAAAAAAAAAAAAACUAAAA